CUAUGGGGUGCCCUGUGCUUUGUCUCCCGCAUCCAUCCGGCACGUCAUCAAUCCACACAAGCAAACCACUGCGGCCACCUUCGUCCUUCACCUCACAAUCUGUCUCACACCUUGGUUGCCGUCAUUUCCAAGUCUAUUAUCCCCUUCGUUUCUUUUUCAUCCCUACACUCCUAUCACCGUUGCUACUGUUACGAGCCUACAGCAACGCCUCAAGCUCCCACGCUAACACUGUGUCUUGCGCACUCAGACUUCCUUGCAACCUCAAACCUGAAACUGUGCUCUGCUCUGCUCAAUUGACCCGAGUACGAGCCCCGCCUCCUCUCACUACACCAUCUUACCGCACCACUACAUCCUCUCACGAUGCAUCGCACAUACUCUAUGCGCCAGUCUCGCGCUCCUACAGCUUCUCAGAUUGAGAAUCCUCCGCCGCCACCGUCCUCCACAAAGAGCGGCCGCCUGUUCGGUCGAGGAAACUUUGGACAUGCUUUUAGGAAAGGAACCGCUGGUGCCUUUGGCCCAGAUCUCGCCAAGAAGCUCUCACAGCUCGUCAAGAUGGAGAAGAACGUCAUGCGCAGCAUGGAGCUUGUAGGGAGAGAACGAAUGGAAGUUGCUCAACAACUUUCCUUGUGGGGUGAAGGCUGCGACGAGGAUGUUAGCGAUGUCACUGACAAGCUCGGCGUCCUCAUCUACGAAAUGGGCGAACUGGAAGACCAAUUCGUCGACCGAUAUGACCAAUACCGCGUGACCAUCAAGUCCAUUCGUAAUAUCGAGGCUUCCGUCCAGCCUUCCCGAGACCGCAAGCAGAAGAUCACCGAUCAAAUUGCGCAACUCAAGUACAAAGAACCCAACAGUCCCCGCAUUGUGGUCCUCGAGCAGGAACUCGUCCGCGCCGAAGCCGAGUCGCUCGUCGCUGAGGCCCAGCUUUCCAACAUCACUCGCGAAAAGCUCAAGGCUGCCUUCACUUACCAAUUCGAUGCUAUCCGUGAACACUGUGAAAAGGUGGCCAUCAUUGCUGGAUACGGAAAACAUUUGCUUGAAUUGGUUGACGACACCCCUGUUACUCCUGGCGAGACCCGUCAAGCCUAUGAUGGUUACGAGGCUUCCAAGGCCAUCAUCCAGGAUUGCGAAGACGCCCUGACAAACUGGGUCACGUCACGAGCUCAAGUCAAGCCGAAGCUUUCCACUCGUUCCCGAAACCUGAGCCAGAGAAGAAAGAACUCUGCCAAGCGCGAAGGUGGCGUGGACCUGGCCAGUCAAGAUCAACCAAUGAAGGAUGAUCGCGAUAGCUGGGUUCCUGCUGGUCAGCAUGGAGAGUAUGAGCAAGAGGAGGACGACGAGGAGGAAGAAGAGGAAGCGGAGGAGGAGCACCAUGCCGGUACAAAUGGCCAACAUCAAGUCCCUGCCUAAAUGAAAACAUCGAUGGCGACCCUUUGUCGUUCCCGUCGGGAAAAUUACAGUUGACGCUUGGAUGAAUGCUGAAGAGAUGAUGUUAAUCGGAGAGGCAAAUACCCAGCUGAACAUUGGAUGGCGCAGGCAGGUGUGCAUUCGUCAUUGCGCAAUAGGUAAUUGAGACAUGUACGAUUUGAGACUGAGUUUUUGGGACCGGAGUGUGUGAGAGUUGGUGAACCAUUUCCUCACGUGGACUUGUACCGCGAUCUUUUCUCUCUCACUUCCAAGCAAGUCAGCGAUUCCAAGAUCAAGACCAGCAUACAAGAGUCGAUUUGCGCGAUGGAGAGUAGAAGAAGGAACAAAAGGAUACACGCGAACAAAGGAACACGAGUCAGGUUUGUUUAGUACUGUAGUCAGUUGAUAGCCAUAAUGAAAUAAUGGAAGCAGAGUUUUUUGAGUGUA